AGUUUCUCUCUCUAUUAAAAAUUUAAUUGUAAUCUAAAAUAUCUUUCAGAGAAUUCUCAGAGAGAGAGAGAAGCGGCGGACGAACGCACCGAUCUGCGGCGGCGAAGAGACCGGCGACGAUGAGCUUAGCGCUGCUGCAAGGCUACUCUUCCGCGGAAGAAGACAACAACGACGACGACGGUCACCAUCUGCUACAAGAGGAGAAUUCGUCCGAAGACGAGCAAAACGGCCCCGUUUCAAAAACAAGUCGGUCGUACAAACCAUUGUUCGAUCCCAAUCCUCCCUCCGCUUCGUUGUUGCCCUCCGCUUUCGACGCCUUCUCCGAGGUUGCAGGACCGCCGCGGUUUCUGAACAACAGUGUAGAAGACACCGAGAAAGAGGACGGGCAGCGGCGGAAGCACGGCGGUCGGAGAAAUCGUAAAGAUAAAAAGGACCUUCCUUCAGGGGCUGUAGUAGAGUCGAAGCCUCAGUUAGUCGGGAUACACGAGAGGGUGAGGAGUGAUAUUGAUGGCAACAGCUCCCAAGCCAUAUCCGGAAGUGCACAAGGUGGGAAACGCAUUGCAACUGUUGGAAACCCCGGCCCAGAAGAUGCAGCCGAGCUCUUGGGGAUGUGCGUGAGAUGUGGGAUCCCCAAAACCUACUCUCAUGGGAAAGGUGUAGUCUGCCCGAUGUGCAAUGAUCGCCCUCCCGAUGAAUUGGAUAAAGAACCUUCAAAGAAGAGGGGCUCUGCCAUGAAGGAAAAGGAAAAGGGUAAGAGGAUGAGAGGCCAAUCCUCGCAUGCGACAUGGAAGAGCGAAUCGGAGAUGCAACUUAGACAGCAAUUUGAUUAGAAGCUGUUUGAAUUUAGUCGUCGUCAUCGUCAUUGAGGUUUGAAUUUCUCGGACCCUGGAACUGUUGUUACCUGAAUGUGUAGUUUUACUUUUGGAAUGUGUAUUUGCUAAUUGCUAUAUAUGAUCGUGCAUAGACAAUCUUGUUCGAAGGAUCAUCAGAUUUAAUUGAGUCAUCGUGAAGAAUCUUUAGAUCCA